GCGCGCGGUAACGGCUAAAUGCCGCGAGACUAGCUACUACAUCGUGGUUCUCAUAAGAAUUCAUUAAUAAAAUUGACGUUCGCAAAGGUGUGUCGUAGGUUCGAAUUUCGAAUAGUGAGUGAACAUUGUGCAUUGAGGUGAAAACGAAUGAAUUGUCCAAUACAUAUAAUGCUUCUGAAUUUACUUAAUUUACGCUGUUUACGGAGUGUAAAUUAAUUCUAACACAAUUAUUGCACACUCGAGUGAUUUGCCUUUGAUCAAGAGUUAUGAAGUAAACAUGCACCAAAACAGAUAUCAACAUAUCCCCUGAUGUCUAGAACAUUCCCCGAGAUUGGCUGAUCAUGCAGCCAUGGCUAGCGGCAAGGCUCUGUAUUCUAUAGCUGUUGUAGUGAUCGGAUUUAUAUGCUUCGUUGUUGGAGCAGUCGCUGUCGGACUUCCCACUUGGGGGCACUUUUACAGCUUAGAGAACCCGAACUUCGAUCAAGGUUAUUUCGGACCAUGGCGAGUGUGCAAGCGUCUGCUUUACUACAGGGAGAAGUGCGGCAUCGAUGUAUCCAAGUUCAGACCCUCCCUGGCGGUCUAUAUAGCGGGGGUUGUGGCUGCGGUUGGUGUGUCAAUUUUAGGAGUCUUCUGCAUACUAUCAGUGCUGCAACUGGCUAUGAUAUCCUCGAAGGAGAAGGUCGGUUUCAAGUACACACACCUGGUGAUGAUAAAACUGGCUCUGGCGCUACUAGCAACCUUACUGUCCAUAGCAGCGGCUGGUCUGUUUGCUGUCCAGGGCGAUGACAGAGGUUUCUAUCUAGUUAGAGGGGAGGCGUUCUAUGUUCAGAUAGUAUGUAUUGUUAUAAACUCAGCAUUGUUCAUAAUGUCCGUCUACGACGCGCUGUUCUCGCGACGGGAAGGUGGUGACCCCACCACCACCGAGGAGGCCGGUGGUACCACCAUCAAUAACCCGGGAUUUAAGGAGGGGAGAGGCAUAUCGAUGACAGAUGCUUCCGGCAAGCCAUACAGCACCAAUGGCCAUGGGAGUGUGGCUUCCAUGAACACCACAGCCACAACACUCACAGGCUUAUCAGAUAGCACCAUCACAAGGUCUCCGUUGAGAUCAUCGUUGAAGAAACCCAAACCCAAAGACGGUAUGGGAAUACAGAAUCCCGGUUACUCGGGACAUUCACCACCCUUGAACAGGAAUGGAAGUCAGAAGAAAGUCCGCAUACAGACACAUAGCACUGAAGUUUAAAUGAUUAAUGAAUUUAAAUGAAUUAAUAUUGAAUGUUGUAUGAAUGAAUGACAUUAAUUAAUAAGCGGAAAUGUUAAACUGUUUACAUUUAAGUUACAUGUAACUGUUUUACAUUUAGUAUUUCAUUCGUUUAAGUUAUAUAAUUUUUAUUAAGACACUUGAUGUCUCUCAAUGUUGAUAUUGUCUAUUAGCUAAUUUGAAUAUAAAAAAAAUUAUGAACAAUCUUUGAUCUUGUGUUUUAGUACAAAUAAUUUAUAUGUUUGGUUGUCAAAGCGCAAAAACUACAACGUUAUGCACAAUGCAGAGGUAUGUUAAUUUGUUUUUAUUACCUAAUAAUUAAUUUUACAUACAAAAUUCUCUAAAAACGCUUUCAGGCGUAUCCUUUAUGGUUAUUGAAUGAAAAACUAAUAAGUACAUUUAAAUGUAAUUAAGACAGUUAAAUGUAUUAUUAUUACACAAAUUUAUUGCUUUAUCUGUGACACAAAGAAUGUUCUUAUAUCCAAGUUCACUUAAAUGACAAGUGGUUUGAAAAUGAACAUAAAGUAAAAAAAAUUACUUAAUUGAAUGUCUAGGUCUAUUUUUUUUUAAAGACUAUUUAAAGGUAUGAGUAAUGUAUUAAAAAAAAUACAUAUAUACAUAUAUAUAUAUGUGAUUUUCCAUCCAGGAGAUGUCUGUGUAUUUUGUUUUAUUAUUGAGCUACACACAUGUAUAUAAGCGCACAGUGUUAGGAAAUAAAAAUAUUUCUACAUUUUAUUUUUAUUUUUUUUUAUUAUAUAAUUUUUGUUCUAAAUAAAAUAUAUUGUAGACGUGUUAAAGCUUGUGUAAAUAACGCUGCGUUGUUUGUUAUAAAUUUCAUUUACAAGCGAGCGAUUUUAAUGACGAUUUUAUUUACGAAAAUUACAAUAUUAAUUGACAAGAAUAAAAAAAGUUUUUAGCUGUGUAGUCAUGUUAUUUAUAAUGUUGUGAAUAUAACUUUUGUGUGUAUAGGUUGAAUGUAAAUAUAUUUUGAUGUAAUCUUAACCCACCAUACAUUUCGACAAUCACUCGUUAAUAUUAAUUUAAUUUUAUAUAUCAUUUACCUGAUAUCCAAUGUGCCUCUUCGUUUUUCUUAUAAAAAUUUUAGCCCAAGAUCUUUUUAUUUCAUAUAAUAUUAUAUAUAUUAUUUACUUGAACUGUUUGUGUAUUUAUUAAAAUAUUAUUUCUUAUAUACAUCCAAGUAUAUGACAUUUUAUAUUAUAAUAUUAUAUACUAUAGUAUUUUAAGUAUGCAACAUCCGUCCAAAUUCUGGUCCUUAUUAAGUUUUUAACCAUAGAUCAUAACUAUAAGUGUAAUAGAAUAAACAUUUUAUUAUUGUUAGAGUUUCUUGUUUGCAAAGCGAACUAUUUGUAUUAGGAAUUGUUUUGAUUGUAACAUUGUUUAUAUGAUGCCAUUAAAUGUAUUAGAAAUUAAAUUUUAAUUUUUUUUUUUACAUAUCUACUAACAGUCUGAAUGAACGUAUAUAUUAUCAAGUAUUACAAAUUCAAAUUAUUGCAAUUUUUUUUUUCUUAAUAAAAUUAAAAUGUUUAAUAUAAAAAUGAUUUGUAUAAUUUUUGAUUUUAGACGGACCGCAAUAAAUACGCUUGUUAUGUUUUUUUUUUUUUUUAAAUCCGUAUUCGGUACUUGAAUUAUUUUUAUGACCUCUGUACUGUUAUCCGUCCGAUGUGAACCAUUCAAAUGUUAAAAUUGUAUUUAGAUUCCGAAUAAAAGAUUUUUUUUAUUA